AUUGGCAAAAUGAACGGCGAGCACUGGUACCUCUAUCUCACCGAGCCCUACACUUCACUCACGCCUCCUGCUACUCCAACUGCAGACUCGGACGAUGAGGUUACUCAGACCAAAUUCAUCCAGCUUCCCGACCGGUCUGAUCUCGGUAUGGGUCCGCAGGACGAAGCGUCAGAUGAGACCCUCGAGGUGCUGAUGACGGACUUGGAUGAGGAGAGCGCGAAGCAGUUCUACCUAGACCACGCCACCAGCGUUGCUGAGAAACGCUACAGCAACUUUGAAAAGGAUGAUCACGUCGAUGUGUUCAGCAACGGCUCCGACCUAGAGGUUGACGAUGUCUCCUCUUCUCAAGGCAGCGGAAUCCUGCCUGCGGAACUCACAACUGAAGGCCACGCUCUUGGCACCGUCGUUUCCGAGUCCUGCGGCCUUUCGGACGUGUACCCAAAGGGCAAGUUCCCUGACUCGCGCAUUGAUGCCUACCUGUUCACCCCUUGCGGAUUUUCCGCGAACGGCGUGAUUCCUUCUCCUGAUGGUGGCAAAGGCACCCAUUAUUUCACCGUCCACGUGACGCCUGAGCCUCACUGCUCGUACGCUUCGUUCGAAACGAACGUGCCGCAUUCGAGGAAUGGUCAGACUUCUGCUGGUAUCAUCCAGCAGGUUGUCAACAUUUUCAAGCCCGGUCGGUUCACUGUCACGGUCUUCGAGGCAAAGCCUGGAGUGGACGGUGAGUGGGACGCAGACAAAGAAGCUCGGUACAUUGAGCGACAAGCUGCUCGUCGUGUUUCUAAGGGUGAGAAUGUGGAGGGAUAUAAGCGGGUUGACCGCAUCGUGCAUGAUCUCCACGGAUACGACCUGGUGUUCCGUUACUACGAACGCCUGGAUUGGAAGGGGGGGGCCCCUCGGCUCGGUGAAGAGGUCAUUGCCUAAUUAUGAUCGCUAAUCUAAUGCUAAAUUGCCACUGUUAGUUGAUUUGUUAGUGUCUGCUUCUCAAUUUCAUGUCUUUUGUUGCUAGCGGAUGUUAGUUAGUUUUGCUCCUUAUGAGAGUGUGUCAAAGUCGAUUUCGGGUCUAACUUGUCUA